AUGGCCUCAGAGAAGAACCCAGACCUCUCCCGCAAAGAGACUGAUUUCAACGACGAAAUGCAAGAGAUUGCCUUCGAUAAAAGAGGGUGUUGUUGUUUCUGGAUACCAUCCACUACCCUCUGGGAACGCAUAUCAACGGCGGAGAAAGAAGAGACCAGUUGGUGGGCCAAGAGUGUGAAUGCAUUGAAGAAAGUCAGAGAAUGGUCGGAGCUCGUCGCCGGUCCGAAAUGGAAGACAUUCAUACGCCAGUUCAACAAGCAUCGGGCGAAGCAGGGUAAAUUCCAGUACGAUCCUUUGAGUUAUUCUCUGAAUUUCGAUGAGGGUCCUGGGCAGAAUGGUCAUUUGGAAGAUGAUCGUGUCUUCCGAGAUUUCUCGUCGAGGUAUGCGUCGAUUCCGAUCUCGGCGAAGUCAUCGAUGGACUUGGGGAAGGACGGGCCGUCGUUCACGUGA